GCUUGUCAUUCAUCAUCACGAUGCUGCUUCAUCUGCUCAUCCUAAUGUUCAUCUUACAGACUCGUGUCGUCUAUGGUAAGCUCUGUGGACUGGAACAUGUAUCUGCUGCUGAAGGAGGAGAAGUCAUUCUACGUGUCCCUCGGUCAGAGAACACAUUCAUCAACUGGAUUUUGUUACCAAGUGGAACUGUUGUUGCUCCAACUGAGCCUGGAAAACCUAUUAAUGAAAAUGCUUUGAGGAACGAGUAUAGAGGAAGAGUGAGCAGUGAAGCUGAUGGAUCCUUACACAUCAAUCAUUUAUCACUGAAAGACCAGGGGGUCUAUAGAGCUCAAUCAACAGAUGACAGGAUCUGUGUAGUGUUUAAUCUCACGCUGUACGAGAACCUGACAUCUGGAGACAUCAAGAUCAACCACAACCUUACCAGGAAUGACACUUGCGCACUGAGUUUGUUGUGUGCAGUGGACAAACGAGAUGUGACUAUAACAUGGAGUACCGAACAGAGUGGUCACAUCAAUAUGACCGGAGGUCUCCUGUAUGUACCUCCCAGUGAUGUGAACUUCACCUAUACCUGCACCGCACGUAACCCUGUCAGUAAUGUCUCCAAGAUUGUGAUCCCCAGGAAAUACUGCAGGAAAGGUGACAGCAACUCAAACAACUCAUCGAUGUUAGGGAAAAGAUGGUCCUAUGGAGUUUACACUGCAAUCGCUCUCAGUAUUAUACUCACUGCAGUUCUCUGUAUAUGGUGCAAGAAAAGAAAAAGCCAAAAAGCUGAAAUGACAAGGACAGAGAUGACGACAACGGAGUACGCUAAGGAGGAAGGCCUUCAAAAUCCUUAUUAUGAGAGUCAAGGAGAGAAUCAAGGAUCUGUAAGUCUCUACAGCGAGGUCCAGCAUGCCAAGAAAACAACAAAUUCUCCCAAAAAGUUGGCCGAGAACAAGGCAAAAACAGGAGAAACAGUUUACAGCGUGGUUUCAUUAGCCAAGCAAACAAAAAAUUCUCAAAAGAAGUUGGCCGAGAAAGAGGCAAAUCCAGUAGAAACAGUUUACAGCACGGUCUCAUUACCCAAGGUAUGAUGAGAACAUAAAACAGCUUUACGGUAUUAUCAGAUGGUGUCCUAUAGACUAUGCCUACAGCAAUUGUUGCAGAGCCCAGAUGAGGUGUCUAUACUGGAUUCAUAAUAACCAGGAAUGUUUUGGACAAGUUCUGAAAUUUUUUGACCACUUC